UGCACAAUCUUUUUGACUCCAACCGCUCUCCGUAGUAUCUUAGCCCGCUCGAGUUUCAAUACGCGUUGUUGUUUGACGAAGCUGAGUUCCAUACACCGUCCGCGGCUCUCCUGAUCAUGGCGUCUCCGAGUUCCUUCACCUACUAUUGUCCCCCAUCGUCUUCCCCUGUUUGGUCAGAGCCGCUGUACAGUUUGAGGCCCGAGCACGCGCUGGAGCGGUUGCAGGACGACUCGGUGGAAACAGUCACGUCCAUAGAACAGACAAAAGUUGAAGACAAGAUCCAGGAGGUCUUCAGUUCUUACAAGUUCAACCAUCUGGUCCCAAGGCUUAUUUUGCAGAGGGAGAAGCACUUUCAUUAUCUGAAAAGAGGCCUUCGACAGCUGACAGAUGCCUAUGAGUGCCUGGAUGCCAGCCGCCCAUGGCUCUGCUAUUGGAUCCUGCACAGCUUGGAGCUGCUCGACGAACCCAUCCCCCAGAUGGUAGCGACAGAUGUGUGUCAGUUCCUGGAACUAUGUCAGAGCCCAGAAGGUGGCUUCGGAGGGGGCCCUGGCCAGUACCCACAUCUUGCUCCCACGUACGCUGCCGUCAACGCACUGUGCAUCAUUGGCACAGAGGAAGCCUAUGACGUCAUUAACAGAGAGAAGCUUCUUCAGUAUCUGUACUCGCUGAAGCAACCUGAUGGCUCUUUUCUCAUGCAUGUUGGAGGUGAGGUGGAUGUAAGAAGUGCAUACUGUGCAGCCUCGGUAGCUUCUCUGACCAACAUCAUCACCCCAGACCUCUUUGAGGGCACUGCUGAGUGGAUCGCAAGGUGUCAGAAUUGGGAAGGUGGAAUCGGUGGGGUGCCUGGCAUGGAAGCCCACGGUGGUUAUACUUUCUGUGGCCUGGCUGCAUUGGUCAUACUCAAGAAGGAGCGCUCCUUAAACUUGAAGAACUUAUUACAAUGGGUGACAAGUCGGCAGAUGCGGUUUGAAGGAGGAUUUCAGGGUCGCUGCAACAAGCUGGUGGAUGGCUGCUACUCCUUCUGGCAGGCGGGGCUUCUGCCUCUGCUCCAUCGUGCCCUGCAUGCUCAAGGGGACCCAGCCCUCAGCAUGAGCCACUGGAUGUUUCAUCAGCAGGCGCUGCAGGAGUACAUUCUCAUGUGCUGUCAGUGCCCGGCCGGGGGGCUUCUGGACAAACCUGGCAAGUCGCGGGACUUCUACCACACCUGCUACUGCCUGAGCGGCCUAUCCAUCGCCCAGCACUUCGGCAGUGGGGCCAUGCUGCACGACGUGGUCCUGGGGGUGCCUGAGAAUACUCUGCAGCCCACACACCCUGUGUACAAUAUCGGGCCGGAAAAAGUGAUCCAGGCCACUAUGCACUUUCUGCAGAAGCCCGUUCCAGGCUUUAAGGAGCAUGAAGAUGAGGCAUCCACGGAACCUGCCUCCAACUAGAGGCCACGGGGUCCUGAAGCUCUGUGCUCCCCUCCUUCCCUCCAGACCAGGGUUUUCAGGUGUCCGUGUGAGUGCGUUCUGUGCUGCAAAAGCCUUGGCCCCUCUGGAGGGAUGGUUCUUUGUCCUUUCCCACCAAACAAAACCUAACGGAUGGCUCUGGGUUUGGAAAACACAAUGCCGGGGUUGUUAAAAAUUCUUCCCAUUAUCUGUCAAACCAAAAAUCUCUCAGCCAGCAUCAGCCUGGUCAGGGUCGAUGGGGGAGCAGUGCAUGCCGGGAAGAGCAGCCCCUCCCCACCAGCUCCCCACUCCAGCAGCCGUACUGAUGUGAGUAACAUCAUGAGCACCGACAGUCAUCUGAGCCGUGACUGUGAAGCCCACUUGCACGCCACCUUUAAGUCACCAGGAAUGAGCCCCUCCUCCUGGGUGGAAUUACAUCAGUUAUAUACAGAGGUGGCGCUUUGGGUCCCAUCAUCAGGAAUUCUUAGAAAACUCCUUGCUGUGGGUCUUCACCCGGAGGUGCCUGAGGCUCUCACCUCCUCUCCGGGUCAUUGGAGAGGGAA